AUGCUGAAAGGUGCCUCCGCAUUGGCAAGGGCAGGUACCCGAGCAGCCCCUGGUGCACGCUUCCAUCAGGUGUCGCGAUACUAUGCAACUGAAGCAACCAAUGGCACGACCAGCACCAGCACAACCAGCACCGUGAAGAAGAGUUCUUUCGGCAAAAAGCUUUUCUGGACAACAGCAUUGGGUGUUACAUUGUACGGUGGAGCAACCUAUGCAGCAUUACACAAUGAGGCGUUUUAUGACACAUACACGACCUAUGUACCAGGCGGUGAGCAAGUAUUGGACGCUAUAGAAGACGCCAUGCACGAUGCCGAGUUUAAAAAGAACUUGGAUGCUGCCACUGAAUGGAAGAACACUGCCGUUUCUGCUGCUGGACAAGUGCAAGGUUACGCUAUGAAGGCCAAGGAUACCGCUGCUGAUCUCUACGAGUAUGCUCAAGAUGCUUAUGCUCAAUUCACGGGUGACAAGGACGCACCAAAGAUCCCAUCAUCCGAUGGCAGCAUUCCUGCUACGACGACAAAGCGACGUAAAUUCAGCCGACGUGGUGCCAUCUUUUCCAACGUGAUUGAAACAGACCAGGAUGCUCCUGUACCUCAAUUCAAACCUGUUGGUGAACCCAAGUUGGAUGAAUUGGCUGCGACUAUUCAAACCUUGGUCAAGAUGUUGAAUGAAAUCGGUCUCAAGGGUCACGCCAAACGCUUAGCUGAUUAUGGAUCACAUGAAGUCGAGCAAUUGUAUCGUGAAUAUCGCAAGGUGUGCAACGAUGAGGAUCGUGUUCUCAAGGAUAUCAAGGAACUUGUCAAUGAAUCAGGUGCUCUUGCCACACACGUUGAAAAGCAUUUGGAAGAGAUGGAUGCCAAGGUUCUUGCUGCACGUGAGCGAUCCAUUGACCGUGUUCAAGAGAAGAAGGACAAGAUCAGACGUGAAUUUGCUAUCGAGGCUGAAGAGAUCAAGAAGGAGUAUCAGGCCCUUGCUAUUAAGCAAUUGAACACCCAACAUGAAGAAUUCAAGGUGGCUAUGGCCAAGGAACUUGAAGAACGUGCUGUGGAACUCAAUCGUCAAUUCAUGCGUCAAGUGCGUCAAAAGGUUGAGACUGAACGUGGCGGCAAAUUGGCUCGUGUCGAUGAAGUAGCUGUACGUCAACGUUUGCUUGAGCAACUCUCUUAUCAAAAUGCGGAGGAUUUGGAUGAUUCACGCAAGGCUCAUCAACUCGUGGCUGCUGUGGAUGCUCUUAAGCGUGCUGCCUAUGCUGGAAAUCAACAAGCUUUCUUGGAUGAGUUACAGACUUUGCUCGUGAUCAGUGCACCCGCAUCACCUUUUGCCGAUCUUGUGGAACGACGUAACGAUGAACUUGUUCAAGUUGUUGCACGUAGCAUCUCUGAAACCGUAGCACGACAUGGCAUUGAUUCAAAGGCACAACUUGAGGAACGAUUCGCCAAUGUAGCAGCUGAAGUGCGUCACGCUUCGCUUAUACCUGAGGAGGGUAGCAGCAUGAUCUCCCAUAUCAUUUCUAUCAUUAUGAGCAAGUUGAUGUUCAAGAAGCAAGGCUUGGUUCCUGGUGAUGAUCUCGAAUCGCGUAUGGCUCGUGCUGAAUACUAUCUUGAACGUGAGAAUGAUCUUGAAAGUGCAACUCGUGAAGUGAAUCAGCUCAAGGGAUGGCCCAAGCAUUUGGCUGCUGAUUGGUUGGAUGCUGCUCGUCGACAUUUGGAAAUUAAGCAGGCUCUUGAGAUUAUGCGGACACAGGCUUUGUUGGGAAGCAUGUCUCAACUUUAG